AUGAGCGAAAUGGAAACACGUUCACAACGCAAUUUCGCAACCCCCGAUUCACAAUCAAGGACGAUGGUCGUUUGUGUGGUGGUGGUGGUGGUGGUGGGUGUGAAGAAGGUGCGUGGAGAUGCGGUGCUGGAAGUCGAUGGGAGUGGCGCGCUGCACAUCAACACGAGCGACCCGUCACGCCAGCCGGUGCUGUUCAAUGGGGUGGACGUGAAUGGGGUGCUGCUUGGACAGCAGCACGUGAUUGAGAAGCAGCAGCGCAUGCUGGAGGAGCAAGAGCGGACGAUAGCCAGGAACGAGGCACGGUUGACCGCCCUCUUCAGCCAGUCAUGCGUACCACUGGUGGAUACGGCCAUCAUCUCCAAUGUCGGCACAGACGGUGGCAAAUGGCUUGGUGGUGCGCUUGCUGCCAACGGCCUCAUCUUUGGCAUCCCAUACCACGCCUCGUCCGUGCUCAUCAUCGACCCCGUUACCAACACCGCCGACACGACCUCGAUCGCCAACGUUGGAGCGGGCGCGGCAAAGUGGGGCGGUGCCGCUGUGGGCAGGAACGGGCUCAUCUACGCGUUUCCCAACGACGCCACCUCCGUCCUCAUCAUCGACCCCGUGAGCAAGACGGCCGACCAGACGACAUUGCCAAACCUGCCCGCAAGCAGGAACAAGUGGAUCAGCGGCGUUGCCGCCGACAAUGGGCGCAUCUACGGUAUCCCUUGGUUCUCCGCGAGCGUCCUCAUCAUCGACCCUCUUACCAACACCACGGAUACCACGACCCUCACCAACAUUGGCAUUCGACAGUACAAGUGGUGCGGCGGCACGCUUGCACCAAACGGGCUAAUCUACGCUGCGCCGCUGAACGAGGACGGCGUGCUCAUCAUCGAUCCAGCGACCAACACCGCCGACACGACCACCAUCGCCGGCUUUGGGAACAGCACCAAGUGGGAAGGUACCAUCCUUGGCGGCAACGGGCUUCUCUACGGCAUACCGCUGAUGGCACCCAGCGUCCUCGUCAUCGACCCCGACACCAACACGCACACCACCAUUCCCGAGCACACCACUCCAGACGGCGUGGGCAAAUGGGCGCUGGGUGUUCUUGCGCACAACGGUCGCAUCUUCGGUAUCCCCUUUGACACGUCGCGAGUGCUGACCUUUGACCCAGCGACCAACGUCGCAGACACCCUCUCCUUAGCACGUCCAGCGCCAUCAUCAGCAGCAGUGUUUGCAUCCUUGUGGAUUGGUGGCGUGGCUGCGCCCAGCAACCUCAUCUACGCCAUUCCCUACAAUGCACACGCCGUGCUCAUCAUCAACCCAGGCUGCUAGGGCUGCUAGCAUGGAAGUUUGCGCAGGUUAUGCGUGUGUGUGUGUGUGUCUGUCUGUCUGUCUGUCUGUGUCGGUAUGUAGGAUGCGUUUGACCAUAGGCUUGAUAAGGUCGCGAGGGUGCGUGUGUGUAUGUAUGUGUGUGUGUCGAUGUGUAAUGUGUAAUGCGCGACACAAAGGCUAGCUGUGUUAUUGAACGUCUUAACAACAAAUAAAAGCCGCC